AUGAGACUACUGGGAGUAUAGUAUUUGCAGGGUAACAGCAGAAUUCAUUAUAAACUACAUUUAGUCCAUUCGUUGGCUAUUACUUUAAUUCAAACAGUUAACAUAGACUACUUUUUAAAUAGUGAUGGAAUUCCUUAGGUAGCAAAGAUCUUCUCUUCUUUUUCAUAAGACUAUCUAGAAUAAGGUAUUGAGAUAGAUAAUGUUGGAGGCAUCUAUGUCCUCUAGUUGAUAAGUGGAUAAUCCCAAAUUAUUAAAUUUUCAUCAGGUCUAUCAUCCAUUUAAUGGUCUAGUAAUCUAAGUUUCGGAGCAGCUUAAACCUACCUAACGUCUAUCAUAUUUGAUACUAUAGCAAUGAAUAGAUUGUUUAUAGCUGGAACACUCAUCGAUGCAAUGCAAAUAUAUCAAGCAUUCUUCAUUACAGAUUUAAAUGGAAGUCUAUAAGUCUGGAAAGACUACUGA